CCUGAGGAAAGAAGGAAUCCAUCCUACUGAAGCUGACCCAACAGGUAAUGCUCCCUGUUUUGAUGUCUUGGGGUCAAGAACAUGCUGAGAACCAUGAUGUGGCUGUUCAUCGCCAUUACUUACUUAAUCUGUAUUACUGAAAGUUCCAGUGCAAGCCCUGAAGUGUCUAUGGACGUUGGUGAAAUUGUUCACUACCACGGGUACCCCUAUGAAGAGCAUGAAGUGGUGACAGAAGAUGGCUAUUACCUUACCUUACAGAGGAUUCCUCAUGGCAAAGACAACUCAGGAAGCAUGAGUGCCUCCCAUGAAGCAGAAACACCGGGAUCCAGCAUGUUCUGCCACCCUCCCAAACCUGCAGUGCUCCUGCAGCAUGGCCUGGUGUUGGAGGGCAGUAACUGGGUUACAAACCUGCCCAACAGAAGCCUGGGCUUCAUCCUUGCAGAUGCUGGCUAUGAUGUCUGGAUAGGAAACAGCAGGGGGAACAGCUGGUCACGAAAGCACAAAGAAUUUGAAUUUCACAGUGAGAAAUAUUCAUCUUACAGCUUUCAUGAGAUGGCCAUGUAUGAUCUUCCAGCAACAAUCAACUAUAUUCUGCAGAAAACAGGACAGGAGCAGUUAUACUACGUGGCUUACUCUCAAGGCACGACCACAGGUUUCAUUGCAUUUUCUUCCAUUCCUGAGCUGGAUCGCAAAAUUAAGAUGUUUUUUGCCCUGGCUCCUAUCACCACAAGCUCAAAUAUGAAGUCACCCUUGGUCAGAGUGUUUGAUCUUCCCGAGGGUCUGAUUAAGCUCAUCUUAGGACGCACAGUGGUCUUUGAUAAGGAUGAGAUCCUGAGGCAAGUGACAUCACGUUUGUGCAGCUACACAUUCUUCAAAAGCUUCUGCUCCUUGGUCCUGUACUUGCCUGGUGGGUUUACCAACAGCUUAAACGUGAGCCGCAUAGAUGUCUACCUGUCCCACUACCCUGAUUCAACAUCCCUAAAAAACAUGUUACAUUGGCGCCAGCUCUAUCAAACAGGGGAAUUCAAAUAUUAUGAUUAUGGAAGUGACAACAUGCUUCACUACAACCAGAGCACACCGCCCUUCUAUGAGCUAGAAAAUAUGAAAGCACCACUUGCUGCAUGGUUUGGUGGCAAGGACUGGAUUUCUGCCCCUGAAGAUGUAAAUAUAACACUGCCUCGUAUAACCAAUGUGGCGUACAAAAAGUACAUUCCUGAAUUUGUCCACUUUGAUUUCCUUUGGGGUAUGCAGGUAUAUGAACAAAUAUACAAAGAAAUUCUUGAACUGAUGAAGAAGAACGCCUAG